AUGCUGCCUCAACAGUAUUGUCUAAGAUGGAGGUACCACCAUUCGAACUUGCAGACCAUGUUCUCGCAGCUCCUCGAGAAGGAGGCCUUCUGCGACGUCACCUUGGCCUGCGAGGGGCGCACCAUCAAGGCCCACAAGAUCGUCCUCUCCGCCUGCAGCACCUACUUCGAAACCAUCCUGUCCCAGUACGAAGAAAAAGACCCCAUCCUCAUCAUGAAAGAUGUCAAAUAUGUAGAUAUUAAGUGCUUGGUCGAGUUCAUGUACAAAGGAGAGAUCAACGUCGACCACUGUCACCUCGCAACGUUACUGAAGACUGCUGAAGAACUGAAAAUCAAAGGCCUGGCGGAAGUGUCUUGGCGCGACGAAGAUCAACAAAAUGCCGACAGCAACAAUGUCAACGGUGUCCAAACGGCACUUCCUCAGGUAUCGACAGUAAUGGACAAUCCGAAAAAUGAAGCGCCUUCAAACAAACGAAAACGAGGGAGACCUCCCAUAGACGAUUACGAGCAAGCAUUUACAACACCAAAGAUAAUGAACGUUACGGGAAACGCCGACGAAACGUAUUCUAACGAUGCAAUGUCAACCAGUGAUCAUGACCUGUCCAUCUGGGAGGAAGAGCCAUCGGCAAACGAAGGAGGAGAUAUAACGGAACCUGACGAACCACUACUAAGGGUGAAAAAGGAAACUUCUCCGCACGAUGACGACAUUCUGAUAGACGAUUCUGGCGAUUAUUCGCCGAACGAUUCAAAACAUGACACUUCAAGGACAGGCUCGAUGAAAUCGCUAAACGUUACAACGUCAGGGACGCAGUCGUUCCUGACUCCGGCUCUGGAAAAGGAAUGGCCCGACGUAAUUAAAAUGAACGAUUAUUUAAACACCGGACGACGACAGCAAUUCUGGGAGGAACCGUUCACGAAACGCGUAAUGGACGCAAUCAAAACCAAAAAUCUCGAGAUGAAAGUUGCAGCAGAGCUGUUGGGUGUCUCCUAUGGGACACUCUACGGAAGAUAUCGGGACUCCUACGGGUGUUUGAAACAUCCCUAUCGAGUGCGCGAUUUCUGGAGCGAACAAGGGCCGACGGAUGUGUUGUUGAAGUUGAAGAAAAAGGAGAUAACGCUGUACAGAGCGGCGGAGCAGUUGAAUGUGACGCCGCAAACGCUUUCAAAUUACCUGAUUUCGAUGUCGCAAAUCGACAACAGCAGCGAAGCGAACGUUAGCAACCAGUCGAACGCGAUGGAGUCGUACGAAGAGGCCGAUUCGGACGAGGAGGGCGACACGGUGCUGCCCGAUGUGCCCUCGUCGAACAAUACGAGCCUCUUCAAAAAUCUCCUCUCGAACGCAAUCAACACAUCCACGUCCAGCAACUCAGUAUUGGCCAACUGUCCAGACAUUACCAUUAUCAAAAAAGAGAAGCACGAAGGUAAAGUCAAUAACAAUUCUGAUCAUUCCGACAGUAAUAGUGACCAAACAAAGUAAUCGACGACGCUAUAUGUAUGUAAACAUUUCCACUAUUAGUAUUUUAUACAGACCAAAGUAAUUUUGUACUGUUUUUUCUCUUAGUUGAUUUAGUUUUAGUGUAAAUGAAUCUUGUGUUUGCUGAAAACGUAGUAGUGAUAUGGGAAAUACCAAAAUGUCUGUUACAAAGUAAAGUGUAUAUUUACAUUUACCGCAAUAUACCUAUAUUGUAUUGGCAAGGUAGUUUAGUCUUAGGAACAUAUCACGGAGUCCGCUGCUGGACAGUCUGCUGCACUGACUCUACGUUGCAAUCCUAUUUAUAGUGCUUUAAUCUGUAGGUUUAUCAGCAAUGUAUCUGCUCCACUCUCAGUAUUUGUAUUUUGUGUGCAUUAUUGUUUCUGGUAGGUAAACCCGUAGGAUUAGGACGAGGACAUACGAUACUUUGGCUAUUAUUAUUUAUGUACCUAUGUAUUAACUGUAUGUAGUCUUGCAUCAUAGAUUAGGAUUUGUCAUAUAUUUAUAUAAAACAUGGAGAGUAAAGGUUCAUGUUUUCCUAUUAAGACAUACCUAUACUAUUAUAGUAAUAAUAACAUAUAUAAUGAACUAUAUUUAUACAAUUAUUUGUUGAGUGCCUAAUCAUAAGUUAACAUAGGACUUAACUUUAAGUUUAAUUUUUAUGUAUUUCGAUGCUUAUUCAUUUUCAUGAUCUGUUUUCCAUUACAUAUCCUCUUGGUUUUAGGUUCGGAAAUUAUUUUCUAAUAUUUUGUUGCUUGGUACAACUUAUUAUGAUUUACCUUUUUGGGUCGGUUAGAAUUUUUCCGAGUACCUCGUAAUAUUUAUAUGUUCUUUAUGUGUUUGUACAUUUUAUGUAGUUUUUUAUUUAUUAAAGAUUUUUUAUAGAAUC